CAAUGCCACUGAAACCCGACAGGCAUGGAACUCUCAGGGGAACCUGUCAGAGACAACAGACGCCAAAAUAAAACAUUACCUGAGCAGGGGAUCUAUGAAAACACCAAGCCAUCUACAUGUAAGUGUUAUGUGGACCAGCCUGGCUUCCUCAAAUGUAUGGUUGCCAUUCUGACUGUCCUCUGCAUCACUUUGGGAGCAUCUAUGGUGACCUUGCAUGUGUACAGGCAGCUAUCUAUUGGGUCUCAGUUUGAAGAGCUGAAGACUGAGUUCAAGAACAUUAUGAGAAAGCUAAAUGACACCACUAAGGAAAUGGAUGACAGGCUGACAGAAUUCAAAGACGAACAACAGGAACAAAAGGCUGAGCUGGAGCAACUGGAGACAAAAUGUGCAGGAGGAGGAGCAAAAGUUGCAUUCUCUGCCUCUCUUUGGGAGACUGGAGAGAAACGCUCUGAUGUUUCCACAAUUCUAGCUUACAAGCACAUCUUCACUAACGUUGGAAACGCAUAUGACUCCAACACAGGGGACUUCAUUGCUCCUGUGAAGGGCGUCUACUUCUUUAGCUUUAACACGUUUGGCUACAGUGGCUCUGUGAGUGGUGCCAUUCUCACCAAGAAUGGCCAGCUGAUGGUCUCCACCUACGAGUUCGCCUCCAGUGGUGACGCCUCUGACACCACAGGCAACUCCAUCGUCCUGCAGCUGGAGGCCGGAGAGAGAGUCUCUAUGAUUUUGUGGGAGAACGCCCGGGUGUUUGACCAACGCAAUGGCCACAACACCUUCAAUGGCUUUCUCCUUUUCGCAUUGUAGAUUGGCUCUGUGUAUAUUCACUUAAUGCUUAUUGUGGCUGGCCUAGUAAAACCUAUGGAUUCACUGAUAAUUAUUCUGUUCCAAGUGAUCCCAAACCAAAUUGAAAACAAUGUGUACAGUACCUGCACUAUGGAAAUAUGGGUAACACUUUAUUUGAUGGGGUGUGCAUAAUAUCAGCAACAACAGCAGUCAUCAAAUAUCAUUUGGUUAAUUAUAUUUUAUUACCGUAUAUGUUCUGACAAAUAAGCAUAAAGCAAAAAACUUACAAAAGAUCGCAAAUAUAAUAUCACUGUGGCUUUUUAACAGUGUUUGCCACUUAUCUAAAGAAUAAUCAAAAAUAUGUUUCUAAACAAA